AUGCAGGCCGACACAAUAGGCCGCAUUCAAACCCUACAACAACAAAUGGAGAGCAUGGAAGCCCGAAUGGCGGACUACGAGGAUAGAGCACGCCGGAACAAUCUGAGGCUGCGGGGGUUUCCGGAAUCUGUCCUCCAAGAUGACCUACCGCUUUUCGUGAGGGGCCUUCUCCAUGCUUAUGGGCCAGAUAUCCCGAUGGACAUGCUCCUAGUAGACAGAGCACACAGGGUACCGAAGCCCAAGUACUUACCUGACUCCACUGCCCGAGAUGUCCUCAUCAGGGUACAUUUUUACCACAUUAAAGAAAUAAUCCUCAAAACGUACCACAGUAAACCACAGCCACGAUGGAAGUCACGACGGAAUUAA